AUGCGCAGAAGGCAGCAGUGGCCGCCGAAAAGGCGGCGGCUAAAGCUCUCAAGGUCAGGAGCUCGAUGUUUGCCGAGGUGUGCCAGUCUCAGCCCAUCGCCCCUUGAGGCCCUGGCACCGGAGAUGAAGGCGACAGCAUCGGAGCUCAAGAGCAACAAGGACCUGCAUCCAGCUCCAGUAAGGCCCCUUCAAACCGUUGGGGGCAGGAGAGCUUGGAGGACUUCAAGACAGGAGCCUCUUGGCCGCAGUGCGCAACGGCGACCCUUCCUUCCCAGUGUUGAUCCCGAGCCCGCUUUUAACUUUAACACCCUUAUGUUGCGAUGGAUGCAGUGUGCAGUUUUAAGAACUUCGCGCGCUGUUCACCACGCGGCGCCGAAUUCUGCGGCGCCCGAGGUCCUGCAGUCCUUCACGGAGCUGGUGGAGCGCAGCAGCGUAGUGCCGGAGGUGGCCCCGGAAGCAGAGGCUGCGGCAGAGGCCCGCGUUGCCGAGCCUGCUGGGUCUUACCGGGGCAGGGCCGGGCCUCAGGGGGGCUUCUUUGCCGGCAGGCUCCCGCAGCCGCGGAAGCGCCCGCCGCCGCCUCUUGAGGCCCUGAGAAGCGUCACUUAG